UGAAGAAAGAAAUACGAGUAGUCGUAAGCUUUUCUGAAUAGUCAGAGUGAUCACCACAAUACUCUGUUCCACUCACGAGUCUUUCUCAUAAAAAAAAUCUGGAUGCAAAAUCAAUUGAAAAAAGAAUUCUUGAUCGCAAAAAUAUGCGUACUUCUUUUGCUACCUCAGGAGCCCACCAGUGCACCAAUUACAACGAGGAAUCGAACGGUGCGCCUCUCAUAAGAUCGGCAUCAUCUGUAACGACACCGCUGAGAAUGUCUCGACCGGUAUUUCCUAUUCCGCUGGCACAAAGCCAGUCGACUCAAAGAGUUUCCCAGGCUUACCGGCCAUCCCCAUCACCCACAAUCCCAAGGUAUCUUUUCGAUGGAAGCAUCGAUUGCAGCUUUGAUGACAAUGCAACGGAUAUCGUCUGUGGUCACACCGAAAAGAAGACAACAGCAGAUAUAAUCGACAAAGUGUUUGCUAUAUUGGAGUCACCGAUGUAAUCCGAAAUCAUCAUCAUUCAUACGAGACAGGAAGUAAGCAGCUCCUCGAGAAAUUUUGCAUGCAUGGCAAGACAUUAGCCCCAUAGACGACCGAGGAAGUACAAAGGCAGUCGUAUCAUGAAAUGAAAGGUGACCGCAGCUUAACCUAAACCAUUUUCUUUCACGGAGUGGCGACCAGCUUCUACUGCGAUAUUCGUGUCAGUUAGACCAUUGGAAUGUAUAGUUGUAAAUAAUAAUUUUGUUCAUUC